CGGCGGCGGCGGGGCCGGCAGCGCGAGGAUGCGCAGCCAGUGCCUGCUCGGCCUCCGCUCCUUCGUGGCCUUCGCCGCCAAACUCUGGAGCUUCGCCCUUUACCUGCUCCGGAGGCAGGUCCGGACCGUGAUCCAGUACCAGACCGUGCGCUACGACGUCCUGCCCCUGUCUCCCAUCUCCAGGAACCGCCUGAACCAGGUGAAGAGGAAGAUUCUGGUGCUGGAUUUGGACGAGACCUUGAUCCACUCCCACCACGACGGGGUCCUGAGGCCCACGGUGCGACCCGGGACCCCCCCCGACUUCAUCCUCAAGGUGGUCAUUGACAAACACCCCGUGAGGUUCUUCGUGCACAAGCGGCCGCACGUGGAUUUCUUCCUGGAGGUGGUUUCCCAGUGGUACGAGCUGGUUGUGUUCACAGCCAGCAUGGAGAUCUACGGCUGUGCCGUGGCCGAUCGGCUGGACAACAACCGCUGCAUCCUGGGCCGGCGCUACUACCGACAGCACUGCACGCUGGAGCUGGGCAGUUACAUCAAGGACCUGUCGGUGGUGCACAGCGACCUGUCCAGCAUCGUCAUCCUGGACAACUCCCCCGGGGCCUACCGCAGCCAUCCAGACAACGCCAUCCCCAUCAAGUCGUGGUUCAGCGACCCCGGGGACACGGCCCUGCUCAACCUGCUGCCCAUGCUGGACGCGCUCAG